GGGGAGCUGUCAAAAACUCGGCUACCAUCCAUCCCCUAUAAGACCUUCUACUAACGUAGCAGGAAUGAACUCAAUCUCAUGUGUAUCAUCCCCGCAGGACAAUCAUACUGGGGCGACGAGACUUGGACGAGACAGCCUGAGACUACUGGGUACUACGACGCCCCUUCCCAGUUACAUAAUAGUCGAUAUCUUGUUCUUUCACCAUGACUACAUUGCCUCCAGAGCUUGUAGAACUAAUUAUCUGUGAGGCAUGGCACUCUGUAAUGCCGUCCUCAACCCGAACAUCCUUCAUGACCACUUGCCCCCUUGUUAACCGAACGUGGAAAACCAUCUAUGCCCCUAUUGCUUCUCAGGAUCUACACAUCACCAACCUUGCAUACAUAUACUAUCUAUGUGACAUAGCUGGGCGCCAAAAAUCCAUUAUCUACUACGACUUUAUUCCCCAGCGUACUCGUACCAUUACCUGCUUCGUCUACCUCGGAAAAGAAAUAGACGAUGCAGCCGUGAAGAGAGUGUAUGGCUAUCUCGCAAAACUGCCCAACGACAUCGGUUUAAACAGUCUCUUUCCGCAAGUCCCAUACAUCUCUUUCGAGCUCGGUUGGAUCGGCAUAGGGAGAAAUCCCCUUUCACCACAACUCUGUGAUAUUCCCAUUUGCGUCCGGGUCUACUUCCACCGGUACCUGUCUGUUACCGAAAGUGCACGCCACAAAGGGGAGACACGAGUGGACGUAGGUAUUUCCAUGACAGACUCGGACCCUUUGCGGCGUCCACACCCUUCAACCUGGGUAGAAACAUUGGAGCAAUUGCGCAAAGUCAAUCUCAUUGGGGGCUGGCCAUGGUUCUUAAAUAAAAGAUACUUUCCUGAUCGUCACCGUUGGAUUACACUUGAUGGUUUCCGCCACCUCUGUCAAAGCACAUAUAUAUAUCAGCAUCGCGGGGAGAUCAGAGAUAUAAAUUGGGACUUGUGGAUGGCUUCCAAAGAGCCACACAGUACGUGGGCGAAGCGUCUGCCGUCUGCUUCAUCUAGCAUCCAUACAUAGGUUUAGGGUGUCUUACUACUCCUUUCUAUCGGCUGAAAUAUUUAAACGGGUGCAGGGGUCUUUACCCGUAAGAUAUUAUGG